CCGCCCACCUGCCCUGGGGGAGGGGCACAUCGGGCCCGCGGGUCGGGCAUUGAUUGACACUGCCUGGCGCAGCCCGGGCCCCUGCAGCAGACUGCGGUGCUCAUCAGACCUGAGCAGUUGCUCGGGCUGCUCUUAGGGAGGGAGCCAGCGGCCUGGGGCUCAGGUCCGGGCCACUAUGGCACUUCCUCCACGGGCUGCUACCCUCCCGCACACACUGCUGCUGCUGCCAGUCCUUCUGAGCUCAGGUUGGGGGGAGUUGGCGCCACAAAUUGAUGGUCAGACCUGGGCUGAACGGGCACUUCGGGAGAAUGAACGCCAUGCCUUCACCUGCCGAGUGGCAGGUGGACCUGGUGUCCCUCGGCUGGCCUGGUACCUGGAUGGACAACUGCAGGAGGCCAGCACGUCUAGACUGCUGAGUGUGGGCGGACAGGCCUUCUCUGGAGGCACCAGCACCUUCACUGUCACUGCCCAAAGGGCCCAACAUGAGCUCAACUGCUCCUUGCAGGACCUGGGCAGUGACCGAUCCCCCAAUGCCUCUGUCAUCCUCAACGUACAAUUUAAGCCAGAAAUUGCCCAGGUUGGAGCCAAGUACCAGGAAACUCAGGGCCCAGGCCUCCUGGUUGUUCUUUUUGCCCUGGUGCGUGCCAACCCUCCUGCCAAUGUGACCUGGAUCGACCAGGACGGGCCUGUGACUGUCAACACCUCUGACUUUCUGGUGCUGGAUGCACAGAACUACCCCUGGCUCACCAACCACACGGUGCAGUUGCAGCUCCGCAGCCUGGCGCACAACCUCUCAGUGGUAGCCACCAAUGAUGUGGGUGUGACCAGUGCUUCUCUUCCAGCCCCAGGGCUCCUGGCCACUCGGGUGGAAGUGCCACUUCUGGGCAUCGUUGUGGCUGGAGGGCUUGCCCUGGGCACCCUGGUGGGUUUCAGCACCUUGGUGGCCUGCCUGGUCUGCAGGAAGGAGAAGAAAACCAAAGGCCCCUCCCGGCGCCCAUCUCUGAUCUCCAGUGACUCCAACAACCUGAAACUCAGCAAUGUGCGCCUGCCUCGGGAGAACAUGUCCCUCCCGUCCAACCUGCAGCUCAACGACCUCACCCCGGAUUCCAGAGCAGGGAAACCAGCAGACCGGCAGGUGGCUCGAAACAACAGCCGGCCAGAGCUUCUGGACCCUGAGCCCGGCGGCCUCCUCACCAGCCGAGGCUUCAUCCGUCUCCCGAUGCUGGGCUAUAUCUACCGAGUGUCCAGUGUGAGCAGUGAUGAGAUUUGGCUGUGA